AUGGGCAAAAAUAAAUUAGUCUUCGCCCAGGGCUCCUGCUACUUCCUUGCCUUCCUGUUUAGCUUCAUCGUGGUGGUGCCACUGACUGAGAACUGCCAUGACUUCCACGGCCGCUGCUUGCUUUUCACAGAGGGCAUGUGGCUGAACACCAAUCUGACCGUGCAGGAGCACCAGCGCUUCACGGUGCAGGAGUGGGGUUCUCCCGCUGCCUGCCACUACUCUCUGCUCGCUGCCCUGCUCUCCUUGUCUGUGGCCAUUGGGUUAGCCUGGCGGUCGCUCUAUCUUCUGUGCAAGGGAUUCGACGAGACCUGCCUUGAAUCGUUUGCGGCCUUGAUGCUUAAUAUCUUCAUCCUCUUCGUUGUUUUUAUUGCCUGUACUAUCAUCAGUGUGGGAUUUGACAUGUGGUGUGAUGCCAUCACAGAAAAAGGCAGCAUGCCCAACAGCUGUGAAGAGCUUCAGAAUAUGGACUUGGACCUGAAUCCUGAAAACUCGGCCUUCUAUGACCAGUUUUCUCUUGCCCAGUUUGGUCUCUGGGCUGCCUGGUUGGCCUGGUUGGGCAUCACCAUCUUGGCCUUCCUGAAGGUCUACCACAACUACCGGCAGGAGGACCUGCUGGAGAACCUCAUCCACGAGAAGGAGCUGCUGCUGGGCCGAGCCUCGUCGAGGACCUUUUUUCAAGAUGAGAAGAGUGGCAUGAUCUAA